GUUCUUCUUCGUCUUCUUCAGCAGCUCUACUGCUCUUCCAGCAAAAUAAUUCUGUGCUUUCGCAAAAGUUGAAGAUGGUGAGGGAUGACUUGUUUAUUACAGUUCCCAGCCUUUUCCGUUGCCCGAUAUCUCUGGACGUCAUGAAGUCCCCGGUGAGUCUCUGCACCGGCGUCACCUAUGAUCGCUCGAGCAUUCAGAGGUGGCUCGACAACGGCAACAACACUUGUCCGGCCACUAUGCAGGUGCUCCACAGUAGGGACUUUGUGCCCAACCACACCCUACAACGCCUCAUCCAGAUCUGGUCCAACUCGGUCCGCCACCGCUCCAACUCGCCCGACUCCCCCAUCCAGCUCGUUCCCUCUCUGUCCCCAGACCAAGCGAGGGACCUGAUUAAAGAAAUCGAGAGCAAGCCAGAGGACUGUCUCGAAUGUAUGUCGAAGAUUAUUUGUUUCGCGAGAGAGUCCGAGGAAAGCCGCAAGUUUCUUGCGAGAAUUGAUGGAUUCGUGUCGUUGCUGGUUGAUUUUCUCGGCAGCGGCAAUGCUAAUUUCCUUGCGCUUGAACAAGUGGUGAGGGUUUUGGACAUGAUUAUAAGUGAGCACGAAGAUCAUAAGCAGCUGGCGAAUUCGAUGCUGAAGAGUGAUCGCGAUUGCUUGUCUUCAAUCCUCCUCGUUUUGCAACAAGGAAGCGCGGAAUCUAGAAUCGCAUCUGCUAGGGUUUUGGAGUCGAUCGCAAUCGAUGCUGAAUCGAAGCUCUUGAUAGCCGAAAAGGAUGGAUUAUUUUCUGAAUUGAUUCGCAUAAUGAGCACCGAGACCGAUCCUACAAUGAUAGAAUCAACCUUGUCUUGCUUGAUCGCAGUAUCAAUGCCGAGACGCAUCCGACCAAAAAUCGUGAGACUCGGCGUCGUCAAGCAACUCACGAAAUUAUUAUCCGAUCCCAACUGGAGCGUUUCGGUGACCGAGAAGGCUCUGAAACUGCUGGAAAUGGCAUCAUCGUGCAAAGAGGGAAAAUCCGAGAUAUGUGAGAACUCCGAGUGCGUAUCUGCCAUAGUGCAGAAGAUGUUGAAGGUGUCGAGCACGGCGACGGAGCACGCCGUGACGAUACUGUGGAGCGUGUGCUAUUUGUCAAGAGACGACAGGGCUCAGAGCACGGUCACCCAGAACAACGGAUUGACCAAGAUUUUGGUGCUUAUGCAGAGCAAUUGCUCGCCGGCGGUGAGGCAACUAGCCGGAGAUUUGUUGAAAAUAUUCAGAGUGAGCUCCAAAUCGUGUCUGUCAAGCUAUGAUACCAAAACAACCCAUAUCAUGCCUUUUUGACUCAUCUAUCACUGAUUUUCUUCCUCUCUUUCUAUAUUGAAUGAGACGGAGACGGAGACGGAGACGGAGAUGGGGAUGGAGAGAGAGACAAGUUUGUAUAUGCAAAGACAAAUUUUGUUAACCAAUAGAAGAAAGAAUUCAUUUGAUUUUGUUUACAUGUCUGUUUCUUCCAUUUCAGUUUCUUGCCUUUUUGUUAGGCACAUGGGAAAAAAUCAAAGUGGCUGAAAACUCUGUUCUUA